CAACCCGCCGCACCCUCAGCAUGAGAGUCGAGAUACACGGCAUCAUCGAGUCGAAAUAGGAGCACUUAGCCAAGUCACCAUGGCGACUCAAUACGAAAUCGAGCACAACAUCAAGCCCACGGGCACCACCUCCCGCCGGCGGCGGCAGGUCGACAUGUCGACCUUCACGGCGCACCUGCACACCCUCUCCCCCGACACCCCCUCCUCCUCGUCCAACCAGCACCACAACCCGCACGCGGUGCCUUCACCAAGCGACACAUCCGCGCUUUUCCGACUACUACAAGACCAGAUGGGCACACUAGCCUCCACAUCACCGACCGAGGCCAACCGGGCGUUCCUGCAGUCGCUGGUGGAGAUGCUCGAGGAGGACGUGGCGCGCCCGCCGCGGGACAUGGAAGGGGUGACGCAGGAAUACCUGGACGGGCUCGACCGCGUCCCGAAGCGCCGCCUCAAGCCCGAAGACGCUUGCCCCAUCUGCGCCGAGCGCUACCUCGACGACGAGUACCCCCUCGUCGUGGAGCUGCCCUGCCACGAGAGUCACAGGUUCGACCUCGAGUGCGUCGGGCCGUGGUUAAGGGCCAAGGGCACAUGUCCGUUGUGCAGGAAGGAGUUGGGUAAGAGGAAAGCGGUCGAGGUACCUAGAGCGGGCGGGGCGGAAGGGAAUGGGGUGGAAGAGGAGGAGGAAGAGGAUGAUGCGGAUGGUCUGUAUGCUUGAAAACGGCGCGAGAGGGGGGGCGUCCUGUUCGGGCCCACGGGCGCUGAGGACGAUGGAGGAAGGUGACUGGGUAAUUUGAUUUGCGCCGCUCCUUUGCGGGAGCUAUUAAUCUGGUGAGGCGCUUGAUGGCUUGCAAAAUUCAAUGAAACAAGAUAUGAAUUAUGAACAAGACUUUUGGACUUCACGCUCUAGUCCUUCUUUAUCAUGCCCGCACUAUCGUCGUCGUCAUAUGUUCACAGACAGAAUUUGUACAGCCCCCGAUAACGCGGCUUAAACACCCCCAAU